AAUUUAGGGGACGGCCGCUGCUGAAAGAAAGGACGGGGAUUGGCUGGUAGGAACGCCUGUUGUGCGGCGUUUGUCGCCGAAGGUGUCCGGCGCCGGCUGGUGUGAACUCUUACUUCAGUCUGAGUCAACCCUUUGCUUUUGGUUCGUGUGUUUCUUCCCUUUUUCUCGCUCGCCUUGUUGCGGCUCCUAAUCUGGUGUGAGCAGGACCAUGGCGGAUCAGGGCAACAGGGGCCCGUUAAUAAGUGAAAUCAGACAGCGUUUUGAGACAGAAUAUUUAUCAGCAAAAAGAGAUAAAUAUGAUUCCAGGGAUAUAGAAAGAUUGCAUCAAGAUGAUACCUGGGUUGAUAAUUUCUUAAUAUGGCGAGAUGAUAUUGUGGAUGAUACACUGAAGAUGAUUGAUGAAAGCUUUCAGUGGAGGAAAGAGUAUGCAGUUCAUGAUUUGACUGAAUCUUCUUUUCCAAAAUUGAUGCUUGAUGUUGGUGCUACUUACAUACAUGGUUACGAUAAGGAGGGCUAUAAAAUAUUUUGGUUCCGAGUGAAAUUACAUACAAAAGAUUCUAAAACACAAUUUGAAAAAAAGAAACUAGUAGCCUUUUGGUUAGAGCGCUAUGCAAAAAGAGAAAAUGGAAAGCCAUUGACAGUGGUGUUCGACAUGGCUGACACUGGACUGAGUAAUAUCGACUUCGACUUUGUUCGGUAUAUCAUUAGCUGUUUUAAAGUAUAUUAUCCUAAUUUUCUCACAAAAAUUGUGAUUUUUGAAUUGCCUUGGGUAAUGAAUGCUGCUUUUAAAAUUGUAAAAAAUUGGCUGGGUCCAGAAGCAGCCACCUUGUUGAAGUUGACCAAUAAGAAUGAAAUCCAGGAAUAUAUAACUGCUGAAUACCUACCCCCCUAUAUGGGUGGGACUGAUGCUUUCAAAUACAGUUAUCCACCAUUAGUUGAUGAUGAUUUUCAAACUCCACUAUGUGAAAACGGACCCAUUACGAGUGAAGAUGAUGCUGAAUGCAAAGAAGUAGACACUGAUAACAAAGACAACACAGAUACUACUGAAGGACAAGCACUCAAUUCGAAAAAGGUAUCCCGCAACUGAAGGGUACAUAAGAGAAUGACACCUCUAUGACAUGUCUAUAUUUCCCAUUUGCAGUACCUAAUAAAAAUGCCUAAGAAGUAUUUGACCAUCAUAUCUUGCUGUCAGAAUCUAAAGUCCAUGUUAUAAAAAACUGAUAUGCUCAUUGCAGACAGCCAGUUUUAAUUCCUGGUAAAUAUUGCCAAAUUUCAUCUGACUGAUACAUUUUUGUUCUCGUGUGGAAUUUGUUUUCUGUUUCGCUUUCUGAUACAUAACUUUGAUUCUUUUGUCUAUGUUGUGUGAAGUACUCACUUAAUAACCCUUGCAGUUCUCCAGUCACAGUGACAGCUGAAACUGCCAGGAUUGCUGUGCUAAGUGAGGCGGUCAUGUGACCCCUUGUUUUAUGCCCACAUGUAAAAGGUAGAUUAAAACAAAGAAGUAUUGAUACUGGAGCUAUUCCAAGAUUCAUGUUUCUACUUAGCCUAAGAAAAAACAAUCUAGCAUCAUCAGAAUGUUUUCAUUAAAACGCCCUAUAUUCCUACCAAUACUGACUGGAACUUAAGCUGCAGUCCUCUCCUCCAAAGCAUUCACAAAAAAAUUGGUUUUGUACGUUCGAAUUGACAUCUAAUUUCUACAUUUAGAACCUGAACUGGUAUAUGUGUGUAUGUGCGUAUGCUACACAUUGUUACAUUUAUAUCUUUAUCUCAAUAACUUGACAGUCCUAUCCACAUCAAGAUAUGUGCUGAAAAUCUUUGCCAUCUCUUUGUCCCCACUUUAUUUCAUCUAUAUGUACUUUACUCAACUUAUGACCACAGUUGACCCAAAAUUUGCUGGCUCAGCAAGGCAGUUGUUGAAUUUUGCCCCAUUUUAUGCCCCUUUUGCUACAAUUGUUAAACAAAUUACUACAGU